AUGACUUUUAAGAUCUCAGCGCAAGGCAAGCGAUACCAGAAGCUAUGGGCCGAAAAGGUAGAAGAAAGAUUAGCCGUUACUUCCAGCAUGCUCGGGGAUAUGAGGGCUAUCAAAAUGCUCGGUCUGAGUGACAAGCUAUUUGACAUCAUCGACAGAUUGCGCCGCGCUGAAAUUUACGAGUCCCGUAAAUUACGGAAAUUGCUUGUCACAGAGAUUUUCUUUUCGAACUCGCCAACUGUUCUGGCGCCUGUGGUAACAUUUGCUACGUUCGUUGCCAUCGCUGCAGUACGGCAUGACCAUUCAAUCUUGACAGCGCAAGCAUUUACUUCUCUGUCCUUGAUAUCUCUUCAGACUACCCCGGCAUUAAUAUUACUCCAAGCCAUUCCUGCAGUUAUGCAGUGUCUUAGCUGUUUCGAUCGCAUUCAGGAAUUUUGCUCCCAUAUUAGCAAUAAUGCUGUAUCUCAAAAUCUACUACCACAGAGCUCCGAGUGUACACUCAACGAGCACGGCGAGGGUAUCAUGGAGUUGGCUUUGCUACCUGGUAAAUAUGUCAGAGACAGGCAGUCUCCUCACAUAGUCUCUUUCAAUAGCCAAAGUUUUGCAUGGAGCAAAUCAGGGCCUGCAAUAUUGAUCAGCAUUGAUGUGCAAAUUUCAGCCGGCCGCAUAACAGCUGUCAUGGGACCUACUGGGAGUGGCAAAUCAACCUUGCUUGAGACUAUUUUGGGAGAAACCAUACCUCUCUAUGGACCUGAUCGAACAGUCAGGAGUUUCAACACCGCUGCAUAUUGCUGUCAGACCCCUUGGCUAAUAAAUGGGACCAUCCGUGAAAAUAUCCUUGGGCAGUCAGCUGUCGAAUCAGUGGAUGAAGUCUGGUAUGGUACUGUUUUGUGGGCCUGUGGUCUCGAAGCAGAUAUAAGCCGUCUCAAAGGCAGAGAUCAAACAGUCGUAGGAAGCAAGGGCAUGUCUUUAAGUGGUGGACAAAAGCAACGCGUUGCCCUGGCUCGUGCUAUUUAUUCUCGAUGCCAAUUCGUUAUUCUGGAUGAUGUUUUCAGCGGUAUUGAUGCGUAUAAUGUAUCUUUGAUCUCGGCCCGUUUAUUUGGAGAGCAUGGCUUGCUCAGAAGACAGAAGGCUACCGUUAUCCUUGUGACACAUGCCCCUUCGGUGGUUGCAUUUGCCCAGGAUGUUAUCAUUUUAGAGAAAGGCCGUGUACGGAAAGCAGACCCAAUGGAAGAACUACAAGGAACCAACGAUUAUGUAUCGACUUCCAAGCAAGCAAUCGAAGUUUCCAAUGAUACUAUUCCUGAUCAAGAUAUAAUGACUUCGCUUGACACUGGCGGAGAAUCACGCAAAGAUGCUUGUUCUUCCUCGAAUGAGCAGGCUAAUGAUCUAAACCGUCGUAACGGCGACCUGUCUGUAUACAAAUAUUUCUCAAAGGCCUCAGGUCAUGUGACAGUUUUUGGAAUUUUUGUCUUUUUGGCGCUUUGCGUUUUCUGUGCUGAAUUUUCUACUGUCUGGAUUGAUUGGUGGUCUGCAGCAAACUCAAAUGAUCACAACAAUAAUGCCACUGGCAUGUACCUUGGGGUUUAUGCAACUUUGGGAGUCUGUUCUACCCUUUUUAUGACUGCAGCGUGCUGGCUUAUGUUCGUCAAAGCGAUUUCAAACUCGUCUUUGAACCUUCACACCGAUCUUCUUACCACGACAGCUCGAAUCCUCCGCUCAGUGCACGCAGACCAGACUAACAAGUCUAACCCCUUUUGUCACUAUAGAUUCAGUCAAGACAUGGAAUUAAUUGGAAUUGAUCUCUGUUCAACCUCAAUCAAUUACGCAUAUGCUGUUUGUGACCUUCUUGGCAAAGGCCUCCUGCUUGCUGUCUUCGGAAAAUACCUCAGUGUCACCAUACCAUUCGUUACUCUCAUCGUGUACAUUGUGCAGAAGUUCUAUCUUCGUACUUCUCGACAGGUUCGACUAUUAGAUAUUGAGGCAAAAGCUCCCGUGUAUCAGCUUUUUCUAGAAACAUCAAGCGGAGCUAGUACACUACGAGCUUACGGCUGGCAAUCGUCAUUCCAAAAGAUACUCGAGUCUCGUCUUGAUCGGUCUCAGCGCCCGGUGUAUUCACUGUAUUGUAUACAGCGGUUGCUCGCCUUCAUCCUUGACCUUGUCAUUACAGCUCUUGUCGUGAUACUCGUCUCUAUUGUCGUCACGUGGAAAAGCUCAUUUACAGCUGGUGCGGUUGGUGUAUCGCUGGUGACACUUAUGACAUUUAACCGUACCAUGAUUUCUCUUGUCAAGUAUUGGACAAAUCUCGAAACAUCAAUCGGUGCCGUUGCGCGUAUCAAGACUUUUGUGGAAAACACACCGGUGGAGAAAAAUAGCAGUGAUUGUCAGAUGCUAGUCCCACCUAACUGGCCAACGACUGGGAUAAUUGAGUAUAAAAAUGUGGUGGCAUCCUACAAGCCAGGAGCAGAGGCUGUACUGAAAGGUAUUUCGCUAUUUAUUAAAAAAGGAGAGAAAAUAGCUAUUUGUGGUCGCUCGGGGAGUGGCAAGACUUCGAUGAUCCUCAGUCUGCUCGCAAUGAUCCAUUGUGAUCAAGACAGCUGUAUCAAAAUCGAUGGAAUAGAUGUCACCGCUCUUGCUCCGGCUGAAUUGCGCUCACGGAUUAAUGUGGUUCCACAAGACCCCUUCCUAAUGCCUGGGUCCAUUCGAUUCAAUAUUGACCCAUAUGGCACUGUUUCUGAUGAAACAAUCAUUCAGGCUCUUCAGAAGUUAGAUCUCUGGAACAUGGUCGAAAGUAGUGGAGGGUUAGAUACACAAAGACCUAUGACGUCUUGGUCUGUGGGCGAGAAACAACUGCUUUGUCUCGCGAGAGCAAUGGUUCGAAAAAGCCCUGUCUUGAUUUUAGAUGAGGCAACUAGCAGUGUGGAUUCUGUCACUGAAGGUAUCAUGCAAAAUGUGAUCGACACAGACUUUGCUGAACACACUGUCAUUGCAGUCGUUCACAGGCUUGGAUAUAUUAGACAUUUCGACAAAAUUGCCUUCCUGCAGGCGGGAGAGCUGCUCGAAUUUGAUAGUCCAGAUGCCCUUCUCGCUAGAAACUCCGCCUUCGCGGAUCUGUAUGAGUCUAUGUCUUAUUAG